AAUAAGAGCAAAAGCAAUUUGCAAAAAUUCGCAGAUUGUUGAUUAAACAGUCAAUAUUUCGAAUAUUUCCAUAUCUUUUCUAUACAAAACAAAGUUAAAUUAUAGUGAAAAUGUCGGCCGAGGACUCGCCGAUAAAAUCACCGAGAUCUCUAAGCAAAAUAGAGACUGUGGAGGAGUUUGAGAACCAAGAUACGCUAUUAAAACAUGUUGAUAUAUCGAUUGUGGAGUCGGAGAAGCGAGCUAACGGCACGUUGCAUGUGCGAGACCAUUACACUGUUUACUUGAUUGAUUUGAAGGUAACAGAUCCAGAUUACAAGAUUGUUCAGUCCAAGAUAAGCACAAUAUGGAGACGGUACACAGAGUUUGAGCAAAUUCACGACUACCUGCAAGUCACAUAUCCACAUGUUGUCAUUCCACCAUUGCCUGAGAAAAGGGUACUAUAUGGAUGGCGUAAAUCAGACACCACUGAUCCGGAGUUUGUAGAGCGGCGCCGGGCCGGGCUGGAGAACUUCCUGCUUCGCGUGGCGUCCCACCCGCGACUGUGCUUCGAUGAUCAGUUCAUCAACUUCCUGCAGCAGGAACACGGCUGGAGGGAGACUAUCACUGACAGCGGAUAUUUACUUCAAGCAGAGAACAAACUAAAGUCACUGUCAGUGUCAAUCAGACUGAAGAAACCUGAUCCAGAGAUCGAAGGCGUCAAAAAUUAUGGCAAGCAGCUAGAAACUAAUUUAGGAAAUUUUCUAUACACAAGAUCCAAAAUAAUAGAGAAAAAUUAUGCGCUAUGUAAAUUGCACGCCAACUAUGGAAAAUUAUUUAGUGAAUGGAGCGUCAUUGAGAAGGAAAUGGGCGAUGGAUUGCAGAAAGCGGGACAUUACUUUGAUUCAAUAGCAGAUUCCAUAGAAUCAGUGGCAGAAGACGAGGAACAGUUAGCGGACCAACUCAAAGAGUAUUUGUUCUACGCAGCCGCCUUACAACAGCUAUGCGCUAACCACGAAGCAUUGCAGCGAGCGCUAGAGAAUGCACACGAUGCUUUGAACAAUCGAAUAGCGGAGCGCAACCGGGCCGCGGCGGGCAAGUCCGGUAUAAUGUCUCGCAUCUUUGGAACCACCGACCCGGACAUCGUGCGGGACCAGAGCACGCGCGCGCUCGAUGCCAAGAUCCUCGCCGACAGAGAGGCCAUCGAGAAGGCCAAGAGAGAUCUAGAAGACUUCACAAAAAAGACAUCAGUCGAGAUUGAAUAUUUCCAGAAACAAAAAGACAAGGACUUGCACGAAUCACUCGUCGGUUUUAUUACUCUACAAGUCAAAGCGGCGAAAAAGAACUUGCAAGCGUGGACGCAAAUCAAAGAAUGCCUUCAAAACAUGCCCUGAGCUGUCACAAACAACGGCUGAACACCAAAUUACCUGCAAGCUAUUUGUAUUAACUCCAUUGAUAUACAAAACCCUAGAUACUUCACAGUCUACUAGUAAAAAGUGUCCCAAAAAUAACCCAAGGGUUACGGCUAUUGGUGAUAAGCGAUAUUGCAGUUUUUCGUGGCCUAAUUUGUUAAUUUUUGUGCAAUACUAAAUCCAUAUAGGGUAAGUGCUAAAAUUCAAUGUGUAUUAAAAGUAAGCAUUAAAUAUUUGCUUUCGAAAUAUAACAAAAUCACUUCAAUAUUAUAAAGAAUAAUUAAUAUCAUAUGUAAAUGCUGGAACGGGAUACCUUUAGUACGUUCUUUUUGUUAUUAUAAAAACAAUACCUCACAAAUUAGAUGUGGUGAAUUUGCAUGCCACAUUUCUUGACCUUAUUCAAGUAAGAAUGGUUGGGCAUCACUAUGAAACUUGUAUAACAAUUUCAAGUAAAUUCCAAAGACUUUUUUAAACAAUUUUUUACAUUAAAAAACUGUUGCAUAAAAAACUCAUAUACAUCUGAUAAAAAAGGUAAGUAAGUAUAUUUUAAGAAUAUUAUUAAUUGAUAUUUUCAUAUUCUAGUAUCCAAAUACAGCCAAAGUAAUUUUAGUUUUUUUUUUUUUUGCAAAACUGACAAUGACUAUGGUCAUCACGAUAUUAUCAUACUGUGCAAGAAAACAAAUGAAUACUUUUACGAGGUAAAUUCCUAACAAACUGUGUAUCUUUGGCGUUUUUUAUAUCAAUGAUAAACCUAUCAGUUUAAGGGCAUCCAACACUUUUAUAUUAUCACCUUUUUGAAUAGAUACUAUAUUCAAUAUUACUGAAUUUUCAAAACCUUUCGUUUCCUUUUGGCUAUAUUUAUAAUUAUUAAAUAGAAUCAUGAACAAAGAAAGAUUAAUGCUUUAUUGGGGCUAAGAUGGCGCUAGGAGUGACGGCAUAUCAAUUUUAAAUAAACUGACAAGUAAUAGAUAUAGGCUAGGUUAGGUGUUAC